AUGGAUACAACAGAUCAAUCCACUGUGACCGCUAUGCAAAAUGAAAUCCAGUUUUAUAGGCAAAAUCAGUUAGUGGUUGAGCAAGAAAUUAAAACUUUAAUUGCUGAUAAUCAAAAAUUAUCUCAGCAAGUAGGCUGCCUUCUAAAAGAGAAGCUUCAUCAUGCACAGCAAGCCCACAACAAUGAUCAGAGCGAAGAGAUUGAAGAAUUAAAAAAACAAAUUUCUUUGCUCACUAAGGAAAGGGAUUCUUUAAAUGUUUUAUGGCAAACAUCACAGAAAACUAUUGAUGCAUUAGACAUAGAAUUGAAAACUUACCAAAGUUAUAACAAUAGGGGAGGAAGUAAGAACUGUAGCAACGACACAAGAGACUUAGAACUCAAAUUAGAAACAGCUCUAGCAGAUUAUGUAGAAUUAGAAUCGAAAUAUAAAAAAAUACAUUCAGAACGUAAUUCUCUUGAAACAGAAUUAAAAAACAAAGAAAAAGAAAUAACCAUACACAAAGAACAACAGAAAAAACUUAAAGAAGAACUAGAAGAAAUGAAAAAGAGUUUAGAAGAAUAUAAAAUCAAUUUGUCAGCAGAAGUAAAAAGCCAUGAAAGCAUUAAGGCGCAGUUAAUUGGAUGUCAAAAGGAAUGUGUCGAUAAAGUGAAAAAUGAAGCAGAAGCUAAAUCAAAGGUGGCUGAAGCACUACAACUGUACGACUUAGUAUCAGCCCAAAAGAACGAAGCAUAUAAAAAGAUUUCUGAAAUUACAGGAGAAUUAUCAGCUGUAAAACAUAUGUUAGCAAAUAUACAACGUGACACUGAGGCUAGUUACAGGAAGGAAUUAGAUGAAGUAAAGGAAAGAUACAACGAAAAAGUAUCGGAUAUGCUCGUACAUAUAAGAAAUCUCGAUUCUGAAUUAGUAGAAAAAGGACUACUGCUAAAUAAAUCUUUAAGAGAAAAUAAAAUCUUAUUGGCUACAAAUGAGAGUCAUGUGAAACAACAACAAAACAACUUGAACGCUGUAGACCCUAAAUUAGCGCUAGCCGAACAGAGACUCGAAGCUAUGUUUCAAGAAUUGGUAUCAUCAGAGCGCCGCAACAUACAGCUAGUGUGCGAGAAGCAAUGCCUGACGCUGGACCUCCAGCGCGCGCAGGACGCGCACGCGCGGGACAGCAAGCGACGCGACUGGGAGGAGAGCCUUAUGAACACGCAGAUCCAGGAGUUAAAGUUACAUGUUGAACAUCUUCAAAAAUCACUAGAAGAAACACAUGGGAUGAUCAACAAGCUACAGUCCAUGUUAUCAUCUAGAACUGAAUUAAGUCAAAAAAUGGUUUCAACAAAGGAAGAAGAAUUGAUUGAAUUAAACAAACACUUAGAAAAUCAAAUGGAACUAAAUAAGAAAUGGAAAGAGUCAUAUAUUGAUAUGACUGAGAAAUUAAAAAAGAAACUGGAAGCUCUUGAUCAAGAAAACAAGGAAUUAAGAAUCAAAUUAAACCUACCAUACAUUGGUUCACCGACCAAUAGUAGUGAUAACAGUAUA